CACGACCUUCGCGUUUAAUUAAACCCCAAGGCCAGAAUGUCCACCACUGCCAACCAUCCAAAGAAGAUUGGAUCAUGGUAUUUCGGCGGGAUAGCUAGUGCAAUGGCUGCUGCAUGCACGCAUCCACUGGAUCUCAUCAAAGUACAUUUACAAACUCAACAAAAGAAAGAAUUUGGAAUGUUAAAAAUGGGGAUUCGUGUGUGCAAACAAGACGGCAUCUUAGCCCUGUACAAUGGUAUAAGCGCCUCGGUUCUGAGACAGUUAACUUAUUCAAUGACUCGAUUCGGAAUGUACGAAACCUAUAAGCAAUCCAAAGGCUCUCCAUUACCAUUCGGUGAAAGUGCAGUAAUUGCCAUGGUCUCUGGAUUUUGUGGAGGUAUCGUUGGUAAUCCAGCAGAUAUGGUCAAUGUUAGAAUGCAAAAUGAUAUGAAAGUGCCAGUGAAUGAAAGACGCAAUUACAAAAAUUGUAUCGAUGGCUUAGUUCAAGUAGUUCGCAAUGAAGGUGUGCCGAAAUUGUUUAGCGGUGUCAGUAUGACUGCUUCACGUGCUGCAUUUAUGACUGUUGGACAAUUGGCAUUUUAUGAUAAAUUUAAAAUGAUGCUUAUUAAUACAGGAAGUUUCCAGGAUAAACCUUUAACGCAUAUGAUUGCAAGCAGUAGUGCUGCUGGAGUUGCUACCUUUAUCACUCAACCAUUUGAUGUAAUGAAAACGCGUUUAAUGAAUGCUCCACCUGGAAAAUAUUCAGGUCUUAUGAAUUGUGCCGUCGAUCUUGCAAUCACCGGUCCAUUAUCCUUUUUCAAGGGUCUUGUACCCGCAUUUAUACGUUUAGCACCGCAUACUGUAUUAACAUUUGUAUUCCUUGAACAAUUAAUUGUUAACUUUGGACAUGUACAGACGCCUCCUCAUUAACAGUCAACUUAUAUGCAAUGUAACUUUAUGAAUUCCUAUCUAGUCACAUUAUUUCGCUUCAUUUUUAUUAUUUUGAUUGCAAUAUUUUUCGUUUUUUGGUUUUUUUUGUACCCGUUAAUUUAAUAUUUCUAAUUUAUUUAUUUAUUUAUCUAUUUUUUUGUAAAAACAAUGAACGAAAGAGCAAGUAUUCCCAUUCCCACUUAUUCUUUUGUAUCCAAGCAAGAAGGCUUAGUAAUACUCAGUUAACGCUUUUUUAUACAUAUAUUUAUUAUUUUUUCAAAUUAAUUAAUUAAUUAUUUCAUUAUUAUUACUGGAAUCCGGAGUGAUCUCUAUUUUUGAUUUAUCCGCUUUUAUUGAUUUCCAUGAUCAACUUGUAUUUAUUUAUUAUCAUACACUGUUCUUUGCAUCAUCAACUCAUAAUCCUAUUGGUACGAACUUGUGUGUAUGUGUGUGUGUGUGCCAGCUAUUCAUAGUGCUUCUUUUGUAUCUUUGACUUACCUUACUUAAUAUGAAAUUUUAUUUAUCAUUGAAAGUUUGUUAUCCAUCAUUCGUUUCGUCGUUAUUUAAAAGAUCUCUUUUCAUUUUCAUUUCUUUGUUUUUUUGUAUUGAAAUGGCAUAAUUAUUCACAUUUCUAUACCUCUGUCUGUCUGUCUGUCUGUCUAUCUCUCUCUCUCUUCCUCUUCACGACUCAAAUUGUUAUUUUCUGGCUGGUGAUGAUUUCAACUAACUGAUAAAUACCCAACUCGAUACCUAACCUGAUUACCUUUCAGUGAUGAGAAUUCCUAUCUUUCUGCUUUAUUAUUUAGAUUUAAUUCCAGUACUUGCUUGUCGGCUAAUCAAAAUCGAAUUUACGGUUAUUCGCUUUAUCCCGCCCACAUAAUAUUUCUUCGAUUGUUUAAUUUUGAUUGGCUAAUAUCAAAUAGAUACUGAUGUGAUUUACACAUGCA